ACCCCUAAGUUUUAGCACCUAAAACACGUACAUGCACAGAACUCAAAGUUGAAGAGUCCUAGUCUGCAUUGCUCAGUUUCUCAGUAUCACUCUCACGCCAAUGUGACUGACAAAUGGCUUUUUUCGAGCAAAGCAGCCUCUGGGAUAAUGUCAUACAGCAAACCAAGGAGGCUCAAGAAAAGGGUAGUGAUCCUUUGCUCUGGUCGGUGCAAGUCUCGUCGAUUUUGAGCUCGGCAGGGGUGUCCCUGCCCUCAACAGAGCUCGCCAAUGUGAUGGUCUCAUACAUUUGUUGGGAAAACAAUGUGCCCAUUUUUUGGAAGUUUCUCGAAAAGGCCAUGGUAUACAACAUGGUGCCCUCUAUGCUUGUUCUUGCACUGCUUUCAUCCAGGGUUAUUCCGAGUCGACGAUUCCAGCCUGCAGCUUAUAGACUUUACAUGGAGCUCCUAAAGAGACAUGCUUUCUCACUCAGAUCUCAGAUAAAUUGGCCUAAUUAUCAAAUGGUUAUGAAAUCAAUAGAUGAUAUCCUUGAUUUGUCCCAGACUUUUGGUCUUCAAACUAGUGAUGCUGGGACUAUUGUCGUUGGGUUCAUCUUCUCAACUGUGUGGCAGUUGAUUGAUGCAUCAUUAGAUGAUGAGGGGUUGCUGGAACAUGAUGACCCAGAAAAGAAGUCUAGAUGGGUAAUUAAACCCCAAGAAAUGGAGAUAGACGGUUACGAGAAGGGGAAUGAACACUAUGAGAGAUUGCAGAAUCAGAAUACUGUGAUGGCUAUUGAGUUAAUCACACAGUUUCUACAAAACAAGUUGACUUCCAAGAUUCUGAACUUGGCAAAACAAAACAUGCCUACACACUGGGAGGGGUUUAUAAAGCAAUUACAGCUGCUCGCAGAAGAUUCAUCAGCAUUGAAACAUGCCAAAGUUACUAGUCCUGAGGCACUUCUGCAGCUGGCUUCUGAUAUUUGCACAGAUUCAACUAAAUGCAAACUACGUUCACGUUCAGUGCAAAAGUGCCAUGAGAUCAGGGAUUCUUCUGUUGGACUAUGCCAUGGAACUGGUCGCUCUACCAUAUGGCUUCCACUUGAUCUGGUACUAGAAGAUGCCUUGACUCUUACAAGGGUCAUUAAUGCAACAAGUCUAAUUGAUACUCUCACAGGGUUGAUCAAGAUUCUUCGAGCCAUAAAUUGUGCCACUUGGCAUGACACCUUUUUAUACCUAUGGAUUGCAGCACUUCGUCUUGUCCAAAGGGAGAGGAAUCCUAUCGAUUCACCUGUGCCUCAUCAUGAUUCGCGCAUUAGCAUGUUGCUGUCUAUCACUACACUCGUGGUUGCCGGUCUUAUUGAUGAAGAUGAAAGUGCAAAAGUAGACAAGACAGACUAUAGUUUUGCCAAUCAACAGGAGAAACAAAAGGGUACAGGGAAGUCCCACCACGAUUUACUCUCCAGCUUACAAAUGCUGGGAAACUUUAUAGGACUGCUGGCUCCCCCUCGUUCUGCAGUUUCUGCAGCAAAUCGCGCUGCUGCAAAAGCAAUGUUCUUUAUUUCAGGGACUAGUGUUGAAAGUGCGUACUUGGAUUGCAUCAGUAUGGACGAUGUAUCUGUAGACUACUCAGGAAACAUGCGUCAUCUGAUUGUUGAGGCUUGUAUAGCAAGAAACCUACUAGACACAUCAGCAUAUUUCUGGCCAGGCUAUGUUAAAGGAUGCAUCAAUGAAUUACCUUCUAAUGUACCUUCCCAAGUGCCUUGUUGGUCGUCAUUAAUGCAGGGGGCACCGCUUACACCAGUAAUGACCAAGGCAUUGAUUUCAACUCCUGCAUCAAGCUUAACAGAGCUCGAGAAGAUAUUUGAGAUAGCCGUCAGUGGAUCAGAUUAUGAAAAGAUAUCAGCAGCUACCAUCCUUUGUGGAGCCUCCCUCACUCAAGGUUGGAAUGUACAGGAACACACUGCUCAUUUUAUUAUUAGGUUGUUGUCUCCUCCAUCUUCUACAAAUCAUUCUGAAAGUGGCAGCCAUCUGAUAGGUCAUGCUUUUGUGCUAAAUGCACUUCUUUCUGGGAUCUCUACCAUUGAUAGUAUCAAGAUUUUCUCGCUACUUGGCAUGGUUCCUCAACUAGCAUGUUCAUUAAUGGCAAUCUGUGAGAUUUUUGGGUCAUGUGUACCCAGUAGCUCAGGCAGUCAGACAACAGAAAAUGAGACUUCUGCUCAUACUGUGUUUUCUAAUGGAUUUACUCUUUUUCUAAAACUGUGGAGGUUUGAUCGUUGCUUUGGAGCUCGACCAGCAGAUAUACCAACAGUUGGAUCCAACCUUACUCCUGAAUACCUUCUACUAAUACGAAACUCCCACCUUACUUCGUCUGGAGAUGCCCCCAAGGAUUGUAAUAAAAGGAGAUUAUCAUCAGUUGCAAGCUCAUCAUCUGCACACCCCAUCUACAUUGAUUCAUUUCCAAAAUUGAAAGCCUGGUACAAUCAGCACAACGCAUGCAUAUCUUCAACCCUCUCUGGAGCUGCCCGCGGAACUCCUGUUCCUCACCAUGUUGAUGAGCUUUUCAACUUUAUAUUCAAAGAGAAGGAGCAAGGAACACAGUCUUUAGAUUCUAAUAAUUCUGGAAGUUGCAGUUCAUUUAGAGAAGCAGAUGAAUCUAUUUACUUAGGUAAACUGCCUGCUUGGGAGAUUCUCGCAGCUCUUCACUAUGUUGUUGAUGCUGCUUUAACAGCCUGUGCCAAUGGAAGACUCUCUCCCCGAAAAUUGGCUAUGGGGCUCAAAGUCUUGGUUGAUUUUCUUCCUGCAUCUUUGGGAACCAUUGUGAGCUACUUGACAGCUGAAGUAACCAGGGGUACUUGGAAACCAGCUUCAAUGAAUGGAACAGAUUGGCCCUGCCCUGAUGCAAAUUUGUCAUACGUCGAGGAAAAGAUAAAGACAAUUGUAGCUGCCACUGCUGUUGACGUCUCAAGCGCUUCUUCAGGAAGCUGUCAAGCUACACUGCCAUUGCCCCUGGCUGCCUUAUUGUGCCUGACUAUAGCAUAUAAAACUGAUAGAGAUUCAAUACGGUAUCUGGAUUUGCCUGCACAGGUAUUGGCCUCCGUCUCAGCAGGUUGCCCCUGGCCUUGCAUGCCAAUUGUGUAUUCACUGUGGAGCCAGAAAGCAAAGCGUUGGAGUGCAUUCUUUGUGUUUUCUUCAUCUCGUACUGUCUUCCUCCAAAACCAACAGGCUUUUGUCCAGCUUCUUAGAAGCUGCUUCACUGCCAUACUUGGCCUGCAUUCCAAUCCUCUCUCACACAAUGGUGGUAUUGGAGCUCUUCUUGGCCAUGGGAUCGUAUCUCAUGCUCACGACAGUGUUUCUCCUGUUUCCCCUGGGAUUCUUUACAUGCAUGUUUAUCCACAUUUAUCUGACGUCUUCUUCUUGAACAAAGAGAUUGUUUCCCUCUUGAUAGAAUGUGUAGGAGAGAUAACAAGAAGCGGGUUUAAUGUGGAGGAAUGCAAGAAAAUGAAGAGGAUACAGGGACAGUUUCAACUGGCUUCAAACCUGACACGGGGUAAGCUUGUGGCUUCCCUUGCAGCAUCUUUAGUAUGGUCAUCCGGAGGCUUAGGUCUGGUGCAGUCAUUGUUCGAAGAGUUUUUACCAUCGUGGUUUGUAUCUGAUCACAGCUCCAGUCAAGGAGAAUCACCACAAGUUGCAUGGCUAAAAGGAUAUGUGGUUGCAUAUUUUGCAUCCUUGUGCGGAGCUUUCGUUUGGGGUGUUGACUCAUCAUCAUGGGGAUCCAAGCGUCGUCGGAAGAUCCUUGGAUCCCACAUGGAAUUUAUUGUAACUGUACUAAAAGGGCAGAUAAUACUUCGUUGUGAUGAGAUCACUUGGCGAGCUUAUGUGUUGGGAUUCAUAAGCUUGAUGGUGAUUUGCAUGCCAACUUGGGUGUUGGAGGUGGAUGUGCAUGUCUUGAAGAUAAUCAGUAAGAAGCUGAAUGAGUGGAAUGAGACGGAGCUUGCUAUGGAAUUGCUGGGGAUUGGUGGUCUUGAUUUCAUGGGUGCAGCUGUAGAAAUGCUAAUCGAAUGCCAGCCAUAAUUUCCUGUCUUUAAUUUGUUUACAUUUAUUUUUCUCUCUUGAAAUUCAAUUGAAAUGUCAAAUGACUUCAGAAUAAAUUGUAUACUAGUCUUCAUCUCAAGUUGACAAAAAUUUAUGAGUUGCCUUCACCAAAUGACAGCAAUAUAGAAGAACUGUACUUGCCCCAUGAGAUGGAUCCAACGCUACCUGGGAGA